ACUUGCUGGUUAGCGACAUCGAAACGCAGUCUACUCAAGGACCUAGUACGACGGCUGGAAAGGCCAUUGGCCCUUGUCGCUAUUACUUGAACGCAAUGCUUCGAAUCGCUACCUGCUUCAUGCUUGCCGUACUCGUCUCUGCGGCCGCUUCUGCUUCUACCAAGGAGGGGCAGGAGAUUUUCAAUACGUCUGCUAUCGCGCUGUUCGACGGAGUGACGUUACUAGCAUCGGACUUGAAGUCCUUAAAUGACUCAGUCACCGUCCUUGAAGCUAUUCGUCCUACGUUCGUCUUGCUUAGAAACCCGGCCUGCGAGUACGGCUUUACUUGGGUAGAUGGUCCUGACAUUCGCAACGCACUCACGCACCUGGAUGCUGCCCUUAACGCUCUGACAGACCAGUCCGGUCAGUCUCAUCCUGUGGUCAAAGUACGGAAGCUCGACGGUAGUGUCUGCUCUACGGCCUUCGACAUCUUGACCACGGCAUUUGCAAUCCACGCAGAAUGGUCCAGGGACCUCGUCGAGAGUUCAAAGGAGAACGUCGCUAGCGCAGCGGAACUAGACUUACCCGCAACCAAGUUCUACAAACUCACGCUCAUGCAUCCGGGUGGCGAGCACUACAAGUACCUUACAGCAGUCAAUGGACUCCUACAGUUAACCGAUAAGCAUAGCAAGCUCCUAGCGCGGUACAAGAAGAGUGUUGUAAAUUUGCUUGCGCGUGCGCGUGCGGAUCUGGCAUUGUAUGAGAAUAAAGGCUGCGUCGUGCAUCAAGGCCCAAUGAGCACAGAUCUGCGACUACGAUCAGUCCAGAUGGGCGCGACCGGCGAUCAGAGUGCGAUAACCGGGCUAAUUGCGGCCAGGAAAACCGACGUGCGGCGCAAGUAGCGUAGAUGAUCACUCGAGGUGUUAUUCUUCGUCGUCAUAUAUCCUAGCGGCCUCGCUACGGU